GCCCUUCCCAGCUCCGGGAAGGCCGGGGCCUCGUGCCAGGCACAGGGAGGUGACCCCUGCCCUCGCCCUCAGGCUGGCCCUCGGUGGCACCCACUGCUGCUGGCGCUGGCGGGGCCGGUGGCCGCCGGGGACCCCGCGGGGGCCCGCAGCGACCGGGCGGUGGGCGCCCUGGUGGGGGUCCUGCUGUGCCUGGCGCUGUGCCUGGCGCUGGCCUGGCACCACCUGUGCCGCCUCUCGGCCGGCCAGUACCACCCUUGGCCGCUGGGUCGCCGGGCCCUGGCGCUGCUGCGGGGACGGUGGCAGCGGCUGCGGGCGCUGGGGGACCCCGGCGAGGCACCCGGGGACAGCGACACGGAGGUGGCCGGGAGGGACGAGGACGAGGAGCUGAUGCCCUGGAGCCUGGAGAGGAGGCCGGAGCGGGAGGAGGAGGAGGAGGAAGAGCGGGAUGCGGCGAAUGAAGAGGAGGAUGAGCAGGAGGAUGAGCAGGAGGCCGAGGCAUCCCUGGCCUUGGAGGGUGGGGAGAGCCCCCCGAGCGGGGGGCAGGGGGCGGGGGGCAGCGCCGAGGCCUUGCUCAGUGACCUGCACCCCUUCUCGGGGACGGCGGCCUGGGAGGACGCGCGGCCAAACGUCACCGCAUUGUGACGUCACCCCGUGACGUCACCCCGCGAUGUCACCCCAUGAUGUCACCCCGUGUCGCCACUGCCGUGAGAUGCCACCGCCCUGUGACGUCGCCACCCUGUGAUGUUGCCACCCUGCCGAGUCAGCACCGCCCCGUGACGUCACCACCCUGCGACAUCACAUCCUUGUCCUGCGAUGUCAUCACCCUCUGACGUCACCUCGUCACCCCUCCAAAGUGAUGUCACCGCCCUGUGAUGUCACGUCGUUCUGACACCCCUGUCCUGCAAUGUCACCCCCCGCCCCCGGGAUGUCACCUCCUCGCGAUGUCACUGCCCUGGCAGCAGAGGGACCCCUCCUCUGCCCCCAGCAGAGGCUCCCGAUUGGCUGCACAGGCCUGGGCACCGGCCAAUAAAGAGCAGCUCUGCCCA